AUGUCUACUGCUUCUGCAACAACUGAUUCGAAACUUAACAACAAAGGGAAAACUUCCGACCCACCCAAGGCACUAAACCCUACUACGACUGAAAUUUCCAAUCCACCUGAGACAGUCGAGUCCCUUCACGAGUAUGAAACAGAACCAGGACAAGCACAGAAGUUUCUGGAUCGUGUGGGCCAGAACUUCAGGUGGCCUGCUUCAAUGGAAGAUUGCGUCAGAGCCACAGCUUUCUUUUUCUUGGCUGACGAAUCUACCUUGGAAUUUGAUGAUGAAGCAGGGCUCAACCUUAUCUUCUUCUACAACAAUCUCGAUAAAGGAACAUUUGAUGAGCAUAAGGACAGUUGGGUGUUGGUGUAUAGACAAGAAGUGAAGAAAUACGGGACAUCAGAAUAUACGAGCAAGGAACUAGAGGAUCUCGAAGAAGAAAUGCCUGGAGCAAUAUAUUUACCAGUUGAUAAAUCACGUCGUGAUGAUCUUAUGAAAUCUCCAGCAGCAAGGACAGUUAGAAUUCAAGUUAGAAGAUUAGGAACAACAAAUUCUGUUAUACUCGAGUAUAAUUUUCGUAAUCCUGUCAAGGGUAAUAAACUGUAUAAAUCUGUCAUCGAUUCAGGUGCGCCGGAAACGACCCUUCCUUAUUACGUCUGUAGCAAGCUUGGAAGAACAGGAUGGAAAAAUUUCAGCGUCAAUGCUUGUGGAUAUGGAUACCCUGCUCGUGUUUUAUAUGUAUCGUCAGCAUUUGAAGUUGCUAUCGGAGAUAAUAAUGGAUGGAGUAAGUGGGUGAGUAUAAAUACUCUCAGAGUUUGGCAGAGAAGACCUGGCAAUCAAGUAGACAGCUCUCUUGUUGUGACUGAUGUUCUAGAUCAGUUUUCCUUCAUACAUGAGCCAACUCAAGGAUAUAAGUUUUUAAGGGAAACAGAUGAGGUUGCUUUAACAAAUUUCGUAGCCAAUCUUCCCUAA